AUGCGCGUCACAACUUUGGCGCCGCUGGGCUUUGCUGCCUUGGCCUUCGCGGCCCCGUCGGCCCUCAAUUCUAUGUCCCGAAACGCCCGGUCCCUUUUUACCGAAAGUAUGAAUUGGAUGGAUGACUAUUACGACCCUGAAGCUGGAUAUCUCUUCGACUUUAGUGCAACAACGGCGCUCAAUCAUGAUACUCGAAGCUCUGUCUGGUAUGCAUUGGGUUUAUUAGCACGGAACAAGGGCGAUGAUGCCACAGAGGCUGAAAAGAUCAUCACAAACGUGAUCCAUGCGCAAUACGAGGAUCCCAAGGACGAAUGGUACGCGACGUACCAGAAGGAGCCCGAAGAGCCCUACGUUGGCAGCCCGCACUACCCAGCCAAGAUCUACAACUCUUGGGAUCCCAACUGGCGUGGCUUUGUUGGUACAACGUUGAUCAUGGCUAUGGAGGAGUACUCUGCCAUUAUCAGCCAGUCAACUCAAAAGCUGAUCCUGCAGUCGCUGUACAACACUACUAAGGGUGAUGAAUACCGCUUUGGAAAUACCGAUAACACCAAGGAUAACCUGUACCCUGCGUACAGUAACCCGUCAAUCAUGCGUGCUUUCGUAUCAGGCUGGACCGGUCGUCGUCUCCACGAAAAGAACAUGACAACCAGCGGAGAAAAGUACGCAAAAGACAUCAUCAACCUCUUCAACCGCGCCAACACACUCUCCGAGUUCAACUCGGGCACGUACACAGGCGUUUCGCUGUUCGGUCUUCUUCUCUGGAGCAAGUACCUGCCCGAGGACUCCGUAAUGGCUAAAGAAGCACCAUCUAUGAUUGAGCAUACCUGGGAGGCUAUCGGACAGCUUUGGCACCCUGGCAUGAAGAAUAUCGCUGGGCCGUGGGAUAGGUCAUACGGGUAUGAUAUGAACCGCUACCUUAGCCUUAUGGCGCUUUGGUUCUGGACUUUGAUUGGAAAGGAGAACUCGUCCCUCAUUAACAAGCCUCAAAUCAUGUCUCAUAUGGCCGACUAUGCCUGGGGUCCUCUGUUCGCCAUCCUUGCAGACCACCACAAGCGCUUGAUCCCCAAGAAGGUUCUAUCAGGCCUGAAGAGCUUCUCCGGCGAGCAUACCUUCCAGGCCAGCGCGUACUACCCUCCCUUUGACAAGGUUCCCCGCAAUAUCACGACGUGGCUCUCUGACAAGCUUACCAUCGGCGCUGAGUCGUUUGAUGAGAUUGCUAUCGGCGGCCCUUCUCAAAAUCAAGAGGCGUUCAACCCCGCCGUGGUCCAAUGGGAUACUGGCAACGAAAUCUCAUUCAUCUCACUCUACCCAACAGAGACUGCUCUAGAGACUAAGGUUGGGCCCAGCCAGCUCACCCUAUCCUAUCCAACUGGCCACUCUGGCUCGAUUUUCUCUCUUCUCGUCGGCACAUUUAAGAGCAAGCGUACAAUCUCCGGAUGGGAAGACGUUGCAGGCCUCAAGGUCGCCGUCUCUGGAAAUGUGAACACGACGUAUGGUUUAUCUUUUGGUGGACACUAUGGCGGGUUUGAUUCGCCAAUCCGAGAUUUUGAGUUUUGGAACUUUACGUAUACUAUGCCUGCUGGAUUUGUCGGAAUGCCCAGCCUGACACUUGAUUUGGAGAUAUCAUAA